CGCAACACACACAACGGUCACAGAGACCUCUACCCUUACUGAAUCUACCACAAUGCAGACAACCUCCACACCAGAGACCAUUCCCACAACCACAUCCACCACAACACAGACAACCACUACAGAGACCUCUACCUUAACCGAAUCUACCACAACACAGACAACCACCACACCUGAGGCCACUCCCACCACCUCACCAACCACAGCACCGACAACCACCACCACACAGACCACUACCGCAACCACAUUAAUCACUACCACAGAGACAAACCCCACAACCACAUUGACCACAACACAAACAAGCACCACCACGGAGACAACUCCCAUGACCACACCCACCGUAACACAGACAACGGCCACAGAGACCUCUACCCUCACCAAAACUACCACAGUGACUACCGCCACCACGCAGACCACUCCUACGUCCACUACAAAGACAACACCAGAGAUAACAUCCACCACAACACAGACAACCACCACAGAGACAACUCCCAUAAACACGCCCACCACAACCCAGGCUACAACCACAGAGACUUCUACCCUGACUGACUCUACCACCACACAGACAACCACCACACCAGAGUCCACUCCCACAACCAUGGCCACCACAACACAGACAACCAUCACCACACAUACCCCUCCCACAACCACAUUAAUCACUAGCACAAAGACAUAUCCCUCGACCACAUUCACCACAACACAGACAAACAAGCACCACACAAGAGACCACUUCUACAACCACAACACAGAUAACUACCAGCACACCGACCAGUCCUACAAUCACAUCAAUCACUACCACAGAAACAACUCCGAUGACCACACCCACUACAACACAGACAACUGCCACAGAAACCUCUACCCCAAUCACAUCUACCACAACACAAACAAUCACCACCACAGAGACCACUCUCAUGACCACGUCAACCACCACCACAGACACCACUCCUACAAAAACACCACCACAAUACCAACAACCACCACCACGAAGACCACACCUAUGACCACAUACAGCACAACACAGACAACCAGUACCACAGAGACUACUAGCACCUCCACGUCAACCACUAUCACAGAGACCACUCCAACAACAGAGACCACAUCGAGGACAACCACUACCACACGGCAGUCUCCCGCCAGCGACGUCUGUAGCCGGCGCGGGUCCCAGGGCUGCGGGGCCGGUGUCCACCGGGAAGGUGAACAGGGUGCGCCCAGCUUGAAGAACCCGGACUGCGCGUCUCUGGAUUGCGGCGCACCCGCGACCCUGCGAGACACGGAGACCGUUGCCCUUGUCUCCUCGUGGUGGCGCACACGCGCUAGGGUCGCCGCGGGGCGCUCGGCGAUCAAGUGA